CACUCAGUGACGUGAUCUCCGUGCGCCGCAGCGUUCACAUGCUGUUGUGAUGGCUGCCGCUCCUAUAGCAGAACUUGGAUUUUUAGAGGAGACCGAGGCGUGGCGUUUGGUCAGUUCCCAGUUUCCCAGCAAAUGUGGAGGGCGUCCGGCCUGGCUUGGAGAAGCUGGCGUGCCAGGUCCAACUGAAAUCCAGUGUGGGGUUUGCGGGAAGCCCCUAGUGUUUUUGCUGCAGGUUUACGCACCGUGCCCAGGCAGCUUUCACCGGACUAUCUUUAUCUUUUGCUGUCGGGACGCCAAAUGUCACGGAGCCGGAGAGAAUCGCUGCUUUAAAGUUUUUAGGAACCAGCUCCCUAGAAGAAACGACACAUAUUCAUAUAACCCUCCUCCAGAAAAUGCCCCUCCCGAUGGAGCGACUUGCCCAAGUUUCCAGUUGAAGUGUGGUACUCGCCUCUGCAGGGUUUGUGGCUGUUUGGGCCCCCAAAAAUGCUCAAGAUGUCACAAUGUUAACUACUGCAGUAAAGAACACCAGCUGAUGGACUGGAAAGUGCAGCAUAAAAAUGUCUGCAGUGAGCAUUUUGAUCCAUCUAGUAUCGUGCUUGCCGAUCACAAGAUUUUGUUCCCGGAAUAUGAAAUAAUUACUGAACCAGAGGAGCUAGAGUCUGACAGUGCGAGUCUGGAAGAAGAUAAUGAGGCAGGAGGCGAGAAGGAUAUUUCUGUAUUAGAAGAAACUUUUAAUGGAGCGACGUUGAACGAGAAAGAACUGGAAGCCAUGGCCCGGCACGAGAGCAAAGAAGACGCUGUGUUUAAUAAUUUCAAAAAGCGCAUUGCUGCGGAACCAGAGCAGAUUCUACGGUACUGCAAAGGAGGGGAUCCACUGUGGAUUUCAGCCCAGAAUGUCCCAAAACAGAACGAUAUUCCAAAUUGUUUGUGUGGAGCCAAAAGGAUAUUUGAAUUUCAGGUAAUGCCACAGCUACUGAACCAUCUUCAAGUGGACAGCCUUACUGAAAGUAUUGACUGGGGUACUUUGGCAAUAUUUACAUGUUCCGAUAACUGCAAUGCAGAGAAGCAAUACUUAAUUGAGUUUUUAUGGAAACAGGAUGUGGUUGAUAGUGCUACAUGAUGAAAAUCGGUCUAUCCCAGAACAAAAUAUAUCAAAUUACUUUUUUAUAAAAGUACAGUUUAAAUAUAAUUCACUAAUAACAUUUGAUCUGCAAAUAUCUUAAGUGGUACAUUCUUUUUCAUAGACUGUAUGACACUAAAUUAAAAGGGAGCGUCGCAUGGAAAAAAGCCUUUUUCUCCUUGAACAUUAAAUACAGUGCUGUACAUAGUAAUCUAGGUUAAAAUUGGCAAUAAUGUGUUUUGUGUUCCAAUAAACUUCCUUCAUCUGCAGA